AAACAAAAUCUAAGCUGGGAGUGGUGACAGACAGGUAAACCUCCGGAGACUAUGCAGGCGAGCACAGUACAGUUUGAACAUUAAACUCAUGCUGACGAUCUGCCUUGUGACAUGGAGGUAAAUGACAAUGAUCGAAGAGGAACAGAUGGAUUCACCAAUGCUGCCUUUCAGAAUGAUGGACCAGCUCUUACUGAAUUCGCUAGCAGCAAGGUCUUAAGAAAUGGAAGUCAUAAAGCAGGAGAUGCUGUUAUUAUUCAUCAGCUUGACAUAUAUGAAAAUAGGAGCUCCGGUGAUGAAAACCUGGAAAAGAAAAGCUGGAUCGAAAGGAAAUAUGAUAAUGUGUGCUCUUUCUGUCAGAAACACAGAAGGCUAAUGAAACAUAUAAUCUAUGGCAUUUUGUUGGCUGGUUUUCUAGCAAUGGUGGUUGCAGCUUGUGUACUGAACUUCAGAAGGGCUCUGGCGCUAUUUGUAUUGACUUUGCUGGGCAUUUUUUUCGUAUUCUGGGAUUUAUUCAUGGACAGAUAUGAAGGCAAGAUUGUUAAACUGUUCUCCCCCAUUGGAAUUUUAAUAAAGAAACAUUGGUUUUGGAUGAAAUGGGUGAUUUGGAUAAGUCUUGUAGCUGGAGUUAUAUGCUGGCUAAUUUUUGAUACAGCACAAAUGGGGAGCAAUCAAUUGAUAUCAUUUGGUGGGCUUGUGAUGUAUGUGCUCUUAAUGUUCAUCUUUUCUAAGCAUCCUACCAAGGUACCGUAUGUUCACUGGAGGCAAGUAUUUUGGGGUGUUGGCCUGCAGUUCCUUUUGGGACUUCUGAUUUUAAGAACAAAGCCAGGGUAUGACGCCUUUGAUUGGCUUGGGAUACAAGUACAGACAUUUCUGGAAUAUUCAAACACUGGCUCAAAGUUUGUAUUUGGUGAAAAAUAUCUUGAUCAUUUUUUUGCCUUUAAGGUAUUACCAAUUGUCGUCUUCUUCAGCACAGUUAUGUCCAUGCUUUAUUUCAUGGGCUUCAUGCAAUGGCUGAUUAAAAAGGUUGGAUGGCUGAUGCAAAAAACAAUGGGAACAUCUCCGACAGAGUCUCUUGUUGCAGCUGGAAACAUAUUUGUUGGACAGACAGAAUCUCCUCUUUUGAUCAGACCAUAUUUAGAACAUCUAACAAGAUCUGAAAUCCAUGCUGUUAUGACUGCAGGCUUUGCAACAAUUGCAGGAAGUGUAUUAGGUGCUUAUAUCUCAUUUGGGGUUUCUUCUUCACAUUUACUAACUGCUUCUGUGAUGUCUGCCCCAGCUGCACUGGCUGUAGCCAAACUUUUUUGGCCAGAAACAGAACCUAUAAAGGUCAAUAUGAAACAUGGGAUGACACUAGAAAAGGGGGAAGCUAGAAAUAUAUUAGAAGCUGCAAGUCAAGGUGCCUCUGCUUCGAUUUCUUUGAUAGCGAACAUUGCGGUGAACUUGAUGGCCUUUCUAUCACUACUGGCUUUCUUUAAUUCAGCUCUUUCAUGGUUGGGCAAUAUGUUUGACUACCCACAGCUGAGCUUUGAGGUAAUCUGUUCCUAUGUCUUCAUGCCUUUCUCUUUUAUGAUGGGUGUGGACUGGGAAGACAGUUUUAUACUUGGAAAACUUAUUGGAUACAAGACAUUUUUCAAUGAGUUUGUGGCUUAUGAAUAUCUCGCUGGAUUGAUCAAAAAACGAAAAGACAGCGGACCCAUGUAUAUCGAAGGAAUAAAGCAGUAUAUGUCAAUUCGGUCUGAAACAAUUGCAACAUAUGCCUUGUGUGGAUUCGCAAACUUUGGCUCCUUGGGAAUCACUAUUGGAGGCCUAAGCUCAAUGGCUCCCAGUAGGAAAGGUGACAUAGCAAGUGGUGCCAUUAGGGCUAUGAUCGCUGGCACAGUUGCAUGCUUCAUGACUGCUUGCAUUGCAGGCUUAUUAACCCAACCAGUUGAAGAAAUGUCAUGCAGAGAUCUGUUGGAAAGUUCACUGCUCAAUAUAAGUUCACCUGUUAACUCAACAGAAGUAGUGGACUGUUGCAAGACACUCUUCAAAUGGGUGGUCGCCGAUGGACCUUCAAAUGUUACAAUUAGUGGAAAUUACAGCAUGAGCUCACUGACUGGUUGUUGCCAACUGGUGCACUCUCCCUCCUUUAACUGUAGUUGGUUUGAUCCACUGCAGUAGAAUGGACUGUUCUAUUUUGAAAAUAAUUUUAGGAAAGUGCAAAGGAUCCACAGAUUGUAAGAUAAAAAAAAGUAUUUUAAAUAGUAUUAUUUGUUUUUUUUUACUUUUGUAAAGACCAUUCCAAUAACAAUUCUGUAGAACAUGUAUUCUUGCAAAUCAUUUUCAGGUUGAAUGUCUGUAUAAAAAGGUCACAAAUAUUGAAGUAUGUGCACAUAUUGCAUAUGAUAUGGAGAAAUGAUGAGGAAAAAUAUUUUUUCAACAUCAGUCUAUUUUCCUUCAGACAGAUUCUGACAAUGUGUGAAUAUUUCAACCAUAUAAAAUUAUGCAUUUUAUUUA